AUGCAAAUUCUCAUCACUGGCGCUGCCGGCUUCAUCGGCCAGCUCCUCGCUACAGAGCUACUGAAUGAUCCCUCCUACCAUGUCAUUCUGACCGAUAUCGUUCAACCUCCCAUCCCCAAGGGCGUUCGCCAUCCCGAGAAUGCCACGGCAGUCAAGGCCGAUCUCCUCAAUGCUGCCAAAGAUGUGGUCAAUUCCUCACUGGACGCAGUGUAUGCCUUCCACGGGAUAAUGUCCUCUGGCUCCGAGGCCAAUUUCGAGCUCGGCAUGAGUGUGAACAUUGAUGCGACCCGCAACUUACUCGAAGUCCUUCGCCAUACCUGCCCUGGAGUACGAGUCAUCUAUUCAUCCAGUCAGGCUGUCUACGGCCAACCACUGCCCGAGAUCGUGACCGACAGCGUUAUCCCAACACCCGAGUCCUCUUAUGGUGCCGAAAAAGUCGUGUGCGAGACCCUAAUCAAUGAGUACACCCGUCGCAAGUUUAUCAAUGGCUUCACUCUGCGAUUUCCCACAAUUUCUGUCCGCCCCGGUGCUCCAACUGCUGCCGCUUCGUCUUUCCUCUCCGGCAUGAUUCGCGAGCCAUUAGAUGGCAAAAAAUGUAUCAUUCCCAUUGAAGACCGGUCCUUCAAGUCCUGGCUCUGCUCGCCCAAGACACUCGUCCAGAAUCUCCUUCUCACACUGCGUCUGCCCGCGGACUCGGUGCCUCCUCAUAUCCGUCAGAUCAACGUCCCGGGGAUCUGUGUGACUGUGCAAGGAAUGAUGGAUGCGCUGGAGAAGGUGGGCGGCAAGGACAAGUUGGAUCUCCUCACGGAGAAAGAGGACCCUGCGCUGGUUCCAAUUUUGAAGUCUUGGCCCACGCAGUUUGAUAAUUUUCAGGCGAUCUCUCUGGGAUUUAAGCGUGAUGAAUCCUUUGAGCAAACUGUGCGAGACUACAAAGCCGCAUUGGAACGGUCAUAA